AUGGAUAUCGAACAGCUCAUCAGGAACCCCCCUUUCAAGCUUACCGACGCUGACAUACGGGCCCUGCGAGGCCAGUCCGAGACUUUCCAACCCCACACUUGGGAUGAAGUUCAGAAAAUCAUCGGCCAGACACCCAAGACCCCGCUAAUCAUAGUUCUGAAUCAAGCCGCAGGAGAAAUGGGACAGCUCAACAGAGCACCCCAAGACCUGCGGAACUACAUCGUGUGGCUCGCCGAGGUAGGACAGUCCCAUGGAUCCGUCUUGGAGUUUGUGCGCCGUGAGAAGUUGCACUGGCAGAGGCCCAUCGUCGCCCAAAACUCGGUGCCUUUCGCAGACCCACACGACUGGAAGAUCCUCUGGAAUGACUGGCCCUAUGGCUUGGCGAAUGGCAUCAUGCACCUGGUCCUGUGGUCCAAAGCCAAGAUACUAGUGGAUCCGGAAACGGGGCUGCCGACCAAAGAGUCAGCCAGGUUGAUCGAGGCUUUUCUGGCCCGCACGUUCGGAGGGACUUUGAGCUGUGUUCCUGGGGAGAAUCUACUCUGGUUCAAACAGAAGGCGGCCUGGCAAAGUGUGAAGGCUCUGGAUCAUAUCCAUAUUAUGUUACGCGGUGUCCAAGAAGACAAGGUAGAGAAGCUGAUUGGUCAUCAUCGAUCUCAGACUCUUCAGGUCCUGGCAAGAAAAGGCUUGUUGAUUUCCAAGACCGAGCCGCGGAUCUCAUCAAAGAUGAGCUGA